GCUGCCCCAGCUGCCGGGGACGGCCGCAGCGUCUAACCGAGCGGGCAGGGCGGCGGCACCGGACGGGACGGGAAGGGACUGGCGGUCCCCCGGGGCCAGAAUGGUUGCCUGGGGAAAACGGUACUGCUGUGUUGGCAGAAUACAGGACAUUUUCUUGAGAUUCCAGAUUGUUCUAACAGUCCUUUUACUUCAUUUGUUCCUGGCUACAGCAAGCAAAGAUCAUGAGGAUUUCCUAGGACAAUAUAAAGCUGUCUUUAAGACUGCAUGUGAAGAUCCUUGGAUUAUGUCACCAAGAAUUUCUCUGCGUCCCUUGAAAGAAUUCAUUGUCUGUGUGCACCUCAAGCUAUAUUCCUCAAAUAGUCCCUGGACAGCGUAUGUAUACAGUCAGGAAACAUCUCACAGCAAUGUCUCUGCAAAUAAGUAUGAUCUUGGACUUACAGGAGAUCAUGGUAAAUUGAGGAUAUGGUUCUUUGGAAAUCAAAUAAAUACAACAGCAAGACUUCGUGACAACACUUGGAACCACAUAUGUAUCCAGUGGAAAAGUGAAGACAAAGAGAUGAAGGUAUUUGUAAACGGAACAAAAAAACUAAACAAAAGAAUAACUGGGAAAGUUAAUCUCCCUGGAAAAGGGCAGUUCUUACUUGGCUGUUCAAAGCUGCCAGGUACAACUAUGUCACCUAACUUGGGUAUGACUGGUGAGCUGUACAUGUUCAGAAUGUGGGAUAAAGCAAAUAUAAAUCAAUCGCUGGACUGUGAAGAUAGUGGUGUUAUACGCUGGAGAAAGGAGGAUUGGGUCUAUAAUAAGACAGUAGAAGAAGAUAUCUCCUUGCCGUGUGUUGAAACUACUGCUACCUUGCCUGGCAGAAAACAGAUAACAGGUGCACAUUCAGGAGAAUCAGCUGCAACAACCAUUUCUGAUAUGACUUCAGAGGAGACUACACAAACUGCAGAAGCACUUAACAUCACUGAUUAUUACUCCACCAUAACACCAGCAGGAGAAACCAUUUUAUGCAACAUAACACCUGUCUGUAAUUUCUCAGUGUUCUAUGUGGGCAAGGUAAAACUUCAGGCAAAUGGAGAAAGUAACGCGUCACUAAAUGUAGACAUAGUUAAUAACAUAACCAUCAACAGUCAAGUUACAAAAUUAAUUGCAAUUCCAGCACCUACCCCACAAAAAUUGAGAAUUUCAGAGUUCAGAAAAAUUUUGCAAGCAGUAAGUGAGUCCUCUGUUAUGGAAUGCAGUGCAGAAAACCAAAGUAUACAGUGCAGUUUCAUAAUGAAGCUGGCUGAGAGAGAGAAUAUAAGCAGUUUAACAGACAAAGCAGAAAUAAGUCAACUUGAACGGUGCUGCUGUUCGUCACUGAAGUAUUGUUCCUUGACUGCUGAAGAAUUACAAAUGUAUACCAUAGACAUGCCACCUCAUUCUAUAUGGGUUCCUUUCCGUCGCUCUCCUCUCCGUAAAAAGACUUCACGCAAAUCUAAUACUUUUGUUUCCCCCACUACGCUUUCUUCUAAACAAAGCCCCACAAUUAGACCACUGAUCCCACCAUUCACAGAAAUUUAUUUUUCUGGAACUCUCUCCGUAUCUCCCACUACAAAUCCUCUCUCUGAAACUUCUACCACAUCUACUACUGAAACUUCUGUGUCUUCCACCAGUGUUACCACUACACUUCCCUCUUCUGGGUCUGUUGCUCAACAUACCAUGCCAACUUUUCCUUCUAUAGCUUCUAAUAAAUCUGUCACUAUUUCCACACCUGUGACAAAAUCUGUGACUAAUGCUGGUUUCUCAAUUAAAUCUGAUGCUGCAUAUCUUACCAAGCCUAUUACAAUAAUUUCUCCGUCUGUAAAUUUCACUAAACAUUCUGCAAUUUCCUCUUCUGAGCUUCCCCUCAAACAUCCAAUAGUAAUUCCCGGCUUUGAAACUUCCACCAAACCUGUUGCACAAAUUCAUCCUGCUACAGACUCAACUGUACCUAUUUCUCAUAACAAAAACAUUACUGCGGGACCUAUUCUUCCCCUUACUCCUUUCACAAUAACUUUGACCCCUACUGUUAGUCCUGUCAACCAUUCUGUCUCAGCUUCUCAUCCUCAUUCUACUGCUGAUGGCCAUGGUAGCCUGCCUAAUGGGAGCACAGGAAAGAUACUGUCAGCUACCACACACACAACUUCUGUACAUACUACCACCAUUAAUGUCACCACAGCGGAGCAAAUUGUGUCCAAAAUAGAAAACGAUUUAGCAGCUGGAAAAGUAGAGCCAAAAGAUGUAGAAAAGAUGAUUAAUGAAGUUAGCAAAGUCCUGACCGCUUCUCAACCAUUACCACCCCGAAUUUCUAACAGAAUUAUAAAACUGGUGGAUUAUAUUGGUUUAAAACUGAAUUUUUCAGCAACAUCUGCUGAUUUUGCCUCCCCUUCCUUGGCUCUGGCAGUUGUCAAAACCAAUCACAUCCGCUCCAACGAAAUGUCUUUUGCUGUCCAGGACUCUGCUGAUCUCCAGAUCUCUCUAGGCAUUAAUUCAAUUAAUGACUUAAAUAAUCUUGGAUCAAUUACACUUCCUUCAUCGUUGCUGACCAGUUUACCUCCUGAAGAGUUGGACUUGGCUUCUAGAAUUAUAUUCAACUUCUUUAAGAAGACCACUGUGUUCCAGGAUCUGUCCUUGAAGAAUGCAUCUUUAAUCAGCAAUGUUAUAUCAUCAAGUGUUUCUAACCUCACAAUUAGCAACUUAAAGGCAAAUGUUACUGUCACUUUACAGAAUAUCAAACCUAAUCAGGAUAAUUCAACAGUUAGAUGUGUUUUUUGGGACUUUAAUAAAAAUGGUGGACAUGGAGGCUGGUCAUAUGAAGGUUGCAUAGUUAAAGAAAGCAGAGUAAAUGAAACAGUCUGUUCAUGCAACCACCUCACAAGCUUUGCAGUUUUGAUGAACUUGUAUGGAAAUACUCCUUUGAAUCCCACACAAGAAUUGGUGCUGACUUUUAUAUCUUAUAUAGGCUGUGGCCUCUCUGCAAUUUUUCUUUCUGUUACUCUUGUGACCUACAUAGCCUUUGAGAAAAUCCGGAGAGACUACCCCUCCAAAAUCCUUAUUCAGCUGUGUGCUGCAUUACUUCUGCUCAACUUAGUUUUUCUCCUUGACUCAUGGAUUGCACUGUAUGAUACACGAGGCCUAUGCAUUGCAGUUGCAGUAUUUCUUCACUAUUUCCUCUUGGUUUCCUUCACCUGGAUGGGCCUAGAAGCUUUCCACAUGUAUCUGGCCCUUGUGAAAGUCUUUAAUACCUACGUACGGAAAUACAUUCUUAAAUUUUGCAUUGUUGGUUGGGGGUUACCAGCAGUAGUUGUGUCCAUUGUGUUGGCGGUAUCACCAGAUAAUUAUGGACUUAUAACCACUGGAAGGGUUUCAAUAAACAGACCUGAUGAAUUCUGCUGGAUUAAAAAUAGAGUUGUCUUCUAUAUUACUGCUGUGGGAUACUUUUGCCUGAUAUUCCUGAUAAAUAUCAGCAUGUUCAUUGUUGUGCUGAUCCAGCUCUGUCGUAUCAAAAAGAAAAAACAACUUGGUGCCCAAAGAAAAACCAGUAUUCAAGACCUUAGGAGUGUUGCUGGCCUCACAUUCCUGUUGGGAAUUACUUGGGGAUUUGCAUUCUUCACCGUAAACGAGGUAUUUACUUACCUCUUUACCAUUUUCAACACUUUGCAAGGGUUCUUCAUUUUUAUCUUCUAUUGUGUAACAAAGGAGAAUGUCCGUAAACAGUGGAGAAGAUAUCUCUGUUGUGGGAAAUUCAGGCUGGCUGAAAACUCUGACUGGAGUAGGACUGCUACGAAUGGUUUAAAGAAGCAGACCGUAAAUCAAGGAGUAUCCAGUUCUUCCAAUUCCUUACAAUCAAACAGUAACUCCACUAAUUCUACAACACUGCUGAUGAAUAACGAUUACGCAGUGCACAUGAAUGGAAAUGGUUUGCAUGUUUGGGAAACUACCAUUAGGUAUCACAUGGCUGAACCUGCAGAUUUCCUCACUGAGAAACAGAAACCACCCUUCUGAAUUUGUUCACAGAAUAGCCUUAUUUUCUUCUCAGAUUUUGCCCUAAUGUUAGGGCACAGCUAUUUUGAACACUCCUUCUAAAACAAAACAGUUACAGUCAGGCAGGGGGUUAAACAACUAUAUAUGCACAAUUACAGUGUCAGCAAGCAUGGUGAUUUUCUGUCAUUUCAGUCUUUAUCUGAUUUGAAUUGAUUAACAAAGCUCUUCUCAUCUUACCUUGUUUACAUUUGUGCCUGGUUUAGUGCUUGAUGGCCUUUUAAAUUAACAAUUAAAUAUUAGACUUUAAAUUUAAGAGGUUUUGCAUAAUCUGUUGAGCCAAUGCUUCCAUUUUGUGGGUUCAGUGGCAGCUCGGUAGUUUGGCAUGGAAUUUGUAAUCUUUGACAGCCAUCACCACAAACCCACUCCCUUAAACUCCUAUCCUGAGGUGUUUAAGUUGUAUGCAUUACAUUUUCAGACUGGUAGUAAUCUUUAUUGGCUAGAAAUACAUAUUCACGUGUUACUUAAAAAACACCGUCUUUCAUUCUGAAGAAAAGUUUGCCAAUGAGACUUUGAUGCAACUGAUAUACUGACAUCUGCUUGAAUCAGUAGGGUAACUGCUGAAAGGUACGCAGUCUGCCUAAAGUGAAGGAUUAGUUUGGGUAGACUGAUACUAAACCUGUGUGCUUGGGGCACCUGGUCCAAGCAGAAGAGCAGUCCAGCCCAGUCAGUCAAGCAGCAGAAUCCUUUCUGCGGGAGGGAUUAAGUGCAUGGGAGAGAUGUCACCAAAUACUUCUCCCUCUGGUGACCCCAACAACAAGAAAUAGUUGAAGAGCAUCCUGUAAUGUGGCCUUUCCCCUUCUGGAAGGGUUCAGAAGCUUGAGGUAGUGAGAGUGUGAAAGGGGAGGACAGAGCCAAAGCAGGAUUCUGCUCCAGGAUAGGUGAGGUAUUUGGUGGACUGAAUCCAGGCAUACUACAGAGGAUCAGAUUUUGAUCCCUGUAAGAGAGUCAUCUUUCACUGCCUAGAGGUUUCUCACCAAUGUGUUUCCUCCUCCCAAAAGCAUAAACUGCAAGCAGUUCCUAUAUUCACUGUUGUGUCGUUUCAGUAGAUUUGAUGAAAUCUACUGAAUCAUGGUGUUUGUAUAUGAAGUGUUGUAAAUAUUAACACAAAUAGCAAACUUGGAUGUUUUAUGGUUUUUAUUAAUGCAGAUUAUGGUAUAAAUGAUAAAUGACAGCUCUGCAUCUGUGUUUGUGAACUCAUUUCUCAGUGUUUAACAAACGAUCCCCUCCCAAAAGAAGUACUAGUUCUGGUUUCGGUUUCCCCAUUGUGGUAUUUCUUAUAAUUUACUUCUACUGAUAUAAUACAUACGAUAUCAGGAUUCUGGCAGAUGUUUUAAACUUGACUGCUUUGGGGGAAAAAAAGUAAAUUUCCAACCAGAAGCACUUGCACAAAUACUUACAAUAAAAAAAAAUCCUAAUUCUCAUAAAAAUUAUCUAGAAUGUGGUGCCUAGAGGUAGGAGAUUCCAUCCAGUGAAUCGAGCAUUUGUGGAGCGUUUCAUUAAUAGGCUUCAAUCAGCAGUGGAAUUACACGUUCAUUGCAGAUUCACCUCAAUGCGUAAGAUUCUCAGUCUGAAUAUGGCUUAGACCUAUGACUGGACCUAGGUCAUAUUCUGAUUGUCCUCCAGAAAUAAAUGCUGCAAGUUGAGUGCCUUUCAAAGGAAAAAAAUACCCUUGUUUUCUCACUUUGUUUCAGAUGCAUGGCAAACCUGAGAAACCUUUUAAACUUAACUUGUUAAAGCAAAACUAGAAUGAGAAGUAUUUUGCGUCUUAUCUAGUGAUAUUUAUUCCAUGUCAAAGUCUACAUUCUGAGAAUUGUGACCUUCUCUGCUUAAAAUACGGAAUCCUAUCGUGCGUAAAUAUAUUAACAUCUCUCAGAUCUCUUACUGAUUUCAUGCAGGAGAAGACAUGUAUACAGAAUAUGUACAGAAAAAUACGCAUAUUGAAAUUUUUGCAGGGAUAAACAGAGAGUGCGUGAACUCCCUACAGUGACUGAAAAAGCAUGGGAGACUUGAUUCUGAACCUUUCUGAUAGGGGAUGCACUUUUUUUGUUUCAACAGGCCAUCUUUCCAGUGAGAAGAAUGGCGUUUCUUUCAGUGUACAGAAUGGUGAUGUGUGUCUCCAUGACUUUUCAGGCAAACAACUUGUAUUUCAAGAAAAGGAUGAUACAGGCAGCCAAAAAAGCCGUAUCUCGCUCAG